AUGGCAGUCUCCAUAAAACCAUUGCUCAUCUUGUCAAUAAUAGCAUUUUCUUUCACCUAUAUUACGUCAGAGCCACUACCAGAGCUAGAGCCAGAGCCAGAACCUCAACAUUUUUCUUUGGAAAACGUACUUGACCAACUCAAGUCCCAUAUUUCUUUGUUAGAUACUUUAUGUAGUGUUGAGCUUGACUAUUCAGUGACAAUGAUCUUUCUGAUUCUUCACAUUGUUAAAGAGUCGAGGAUUGACGAAAGAGCCCGGGAACUGAGAAGAAAGGAAGAGAAGAUUAGACAGAUGGAGAUGAUUAUUCAUGAGAAAUCUGAAAGAAUCGAAUUGUUACAGAGUGAGACAGAAUCUCUCCAGGUUGACAAACUCAGAAAGCAAGCAGAAUCACAAAGUCAGAAAAAUGAUGCUGUUGAAAUCCGAGCAAAUGUAGCUGAGAAAAAAAUCAAGGAGAUUAGUUCAAAAUUAGAAACUCUUCAAAAGGUUAAUGAUGAACAGAAGAAUAGAAUCCAUGAAACUGAAUAUGCCCGACAAUUAGUGGAGAAAGAAACAAUGAAGCUGAAAUUUGAUCAGAUUCUCAGAGAAUGGCUUCCACAUUGGCUUGCAGUUCAUUUUUCCAAUUUUCAGGUAAAUAAUGUUGUUUCAAGCAUAUCUGGAGUUGAUGUUUUUCUCCAAGAAAACUUCAUGUUUCUCAUUCAUUCGUUUUUCCAUAAGCAGUACUACGUGGUGACUCAUUGGAAUGAACAUGGGAGACAAGCCUGGGACAUGAGAGUCCAGAAGGUGCUAGAAAAGAAAUCUCAAAUUGAUAAGUGGGCAGAGCCCCACUUCGAAGCAAUUUAUAUUAAAUUGAUGCCGAUGUUCAAGGACUGGUGGUUUAACUGUAUAAGCUAUCUUAGGACAUGCAUUCCACCACUAUUUACUAAGUCUCAUGAGCUCUUCCAUACAUUGAAGAAUUCUGCAUUACAUCAUGCUAUCAACAUACAAGAAAUGGUUGAUCCUUACUUGAAGGAAGCACGCAAGUUUACUGAACCAUACAUCAAUCAGCUUGCAACAAUGACAAGACCUCAUCUUGAUAAAGUUCAUGUUGUCUUGAAGCCAUAUACUAGAAGAAUGCUUCGAGCUUAUAAAAUUUUUGCCAGAUCCGCUACCGUUGAAAAAAUGCUUAAGAAGAACGAGCUAACGAGAUCCCUUGCGACUAUAGAGCUAGCGUGGUUUGCGGCCUCUGCAAUACUGACCAUACCUGCUAUCUUUAUGUUUAAACUUUAUUCUGCUAUCUUCAGGUUUGUUAUAAUUUUUAGGAAAAAGGCUAAGAAGCAUCAUCAUAGUUCCCACACUCAUCACCUGCGUCGUGGAGCGAAAAGGAGUCAUGCUGCUAGUUUGCAAGAUUUGCACAUAAUCCAUGUAUUUUUGGAGCAGACUAUUGUCAACAUCAGUAUCUAA